CGCGGGGGCGGGGCGGGGCAAGCUGAGCUGUCUCGGGGCUCUGCGCGGGCCAUGGUGCGUCCCGGGGCGCGCGGCCGCCCGCUGGGCUCGGCGCUGCCCCUGCUGCUGGUGCUCUUCGACCUGCAGUACCAGGGAGCUGAAUGUGGAAUAAAUGCAGAAGUAGAAAAACAACUUGAAAUGGGCAAGAAGUUACUGGCUGCUGGACAGCUAGCAGAUGCCUUGUCUCACUUUCAUACAGCUAUAGAGGGUGAUUCUGAUAACUACAUUGCCUAUUACAGAAGAGCCACAGUGUAUUUAGCCAUGGGCAAAUCUAAAGCUGCAAUUCGUGAUUUAAGUAAAGUGGUUGAACUUAAGCAGGAUUUCACAUCAGCAAGAUUACAAAGAGGACACUUAUUACUUAAGCAAGGAAAAUUUGAUGAAGCUGAUAAAGACUUCAAAACUGUGCUCAAAUCUAAUCCCAGUGAUAAUGAGGAACAGGAAGCCCGGUCUCGGCUGAUGAAAUCCGAUGAGCUGCAGCGACUGCAUUCACAAGCCCUUUCUGAGUACCGCCAGGAGGAUUACGCUGCUGCCAUUACUCUCCUUGAUGAGAUUCUUGCAGUUUGUCUUUGGGAUGCUGAGCUGCGGGAGCUUCGAGCUGAAUGCUAUAUGAAGGAAGGAGAACUGGGCAAAGCCAUUAAUGACUUAAAGGCUGCUACCAAACUGAAGAGUGACAAUACUGAAGCCUUCUAUAAAAUCAGCACAAUAUACUAUCAUCUGGGGGACCAUGAGCUGUCACUCAGUGAAGUCCGAGAGUGCCUGAAACUUGACCAAGACCAUAAACCAUGUUUUUCUCACUAUAAACAAGUAAAAAAACUUAAUAAGCAGAUCGUAUCAGCAGAAGAACUUAUAAAAGAGGGCAGGUACACAGAUGCCAUCAGUAAAUAUGAAUCUGUAAUGAAAACUGAGCCAGAUGUCCCAGUUUAUGCUACUCAAGCCAAAGAAAGAAUCUGCCACUGUUUCUCUAAGAAUCAGCAGUCUGCUGAAGCCAUAAAAGCUUGCACAGAAAUUCUGCAGCUGGAACCAUCCAAUGUGAAUGCCCUAAAAGACAGAGCAGAAGCCUAUUUAUUAGAAGAAAUGUAUGAGGAAGCUGUUAAAGAUUAUGAAACUGCUCAAGCCAACAGUGAAAAUGAUCAACAGAUUCGUGAAGGUCUGGAGAGAGCCCAGAAGAUGCUGAAGCAGUCUCAGAAGAGAGAUUACUACAAAAUUUUAGGAAUAAAAAGAAAUGCUCGAAAACAAGAAAUAAUCAAAGCAUACAGAAAGCUAGCAUCACAGUGGCACCCUGAUAACUUCCAGAGUGAAGAGGAGAAGAAGCAAGCAGAAAAGAAGUUUAUUGAUAUAGCAGCAGCUAAAGAAGUCCUUACUGACCCAGAGAUGAGAAAAAAGUUUGAUGCAGGCGAGGAUCCAUUAGAUGCGGAGAGCCAGCAGGGUGGAGGACACCCUUUCCACAGAAGCUGGAACACAUGGCAAGGAUUCAACCCGUUUGGUUCAGGAGGACCAUUUACGUUUAAAUUCCACUACAGUUAGAACAAGACUAGUUUGCUGUGGCUGCUGCUUUACCAAACUUUAAAAAAAAUAAAACUCUCAGUUCAAGACUCUAAACGUAUGUUAUCCUUAACCAAAGAGUUUCUUACUACAAGAAAAGUUCACUUUAAUGCAGCAAACUGCUUCAAUGUGUUCUGAUAGGAGUGAGUGGGCUGGACAGGAUUCAACAGUGCUGUUAUAUUUGCACAAGGGUAUAUGCGGAAUAGUCAUUCCUCUGAGUGAAGAAGAAACAGUAGGUUACUAUUCAGGAAAGCACUUAAUCACAUGCUUAAAUCCUCCUGAAGUUAAUAUGAUUUAAGUCAAUGUAACUUAAGCCUAUGCUUAAUGUUAGAUGCAUUUACAUUCUGUUUUAAUUAGGACAUUAUAGAAGUGGAAAAGACUGGUAAUUACAUGUAGAUUCACAAAUGAGAAAAAAAAGUGUUGCUACAGUCAGCGGAAUGAUUCAGCAUCUCUCAGUAUUCUUAAAAUACACUAGUGAUUUGCCCAGCUACUGAACUGUAUUAAUAGCAGCAGUCAUACCCUAUGUAGAACCUAUGCAUAGGUCACAGAGGCCACUACAGAAACAGUAAAUCCAUAUUUCAACUGAAAAGCAACCUAAUUAAAUGUGAAUAUUCUCCCAGUCUCUCUCAUGAUGCACUUCAGUUCCUUACAGUGCUUUGGCUCUGCUAAUAAAGCUCACAUAACUCUGGAGAAUUAAGCCCUGUAUUGGUAAGAGGAACAUUAUCAGUACAGAUGCAGUUGCAAGCACAACUCAUGUUCUUCCCUUAUUUAUAUCAUCAACCCACAUAUUCUGGGACAUAAUUAUAGGGUCAUAUAGGACACAAAAAUGCACUUAGAUGGGUACAAGAGGUAAUGGAUACUGUCUUCAUCUUUAUUUUUACUAUUAAACUAGAAUCAAAGUGA